AUGCACAGGAUGAUGAACCUAAUGGCCAAGCAGCUUCUCUCCUUACCGCCGGCCUUGCUGGCUGUCAUUCUCGCUACACCCUUCGCCAAUGCGCAAUACCCUCCGCCAGCCUCGUACCAGAACAUCCUCAAUUCCACCGUCAACCCGCGCAUCACAGUCGCCUACAAGCAGCCCACCAAUGGAACAUGUACAACCGCUUUCACGACGCAGAAGCAGUACACAGGCUACAUCGGGAUACCGCCCUAUACCCUCGCUCCUAUACAGCAGAACUACUCGAUCAACACGUUCUUCUGGUUCAUAGAAGCUCGACAAACACCGGAGACGGCGCCCUUGACCAUAUGGCUGAAUGGCGGGCCAGGGUCGAGCAGCAUGUUUGGGCUGUUCAAUGAGGUGGGACCGUGUGAGGUCGUGCAGAUGGCCGAUGGGAGCUAUGGAACACAAAUGCGCACCUUUGGCUGGGAUCGCGCAUCGAAUAUCCUCUUUAUCGAUCAGCCGAAUCAGGUCGGCUUCUCGUACGAUUCUGCCACCAAUGCAUCGCUGAACCUCUACACCAAGGACAUCUUUGAGCCAGCGACAGCACCAGUCGACGGCCUGCCGAGCUUCAUGUAUCAAAAUGGCACCUUCGGCACUGCGAACGAGAACGGCCAGACCUCAUACGCGACGACGGCCAACACGACACAGAUCGCUGCAAGGGCCACUUGGCACUUUCUGCAGACGUGGCUGUCCACGUUCAGCCAGUACAAUCCUGCUACGAGGCCGAAUAUCACCACUCCGAGCUCUGAUGACGAGCCUGCUGGCAUUAACUUGUUCAGCGAGUCUUAUGGAGGCAAGUACGGACCGGUCUUUGCGACAUACUUUGAGGAGCAGAACCAAGCAAUCACGAACGGUACCGCCGUGUCUGGCACGCUACCUAUCAAGGUCCAAUCAGUGGGCAUUAUGAAUGGACUGGUCGAUGACCUGAUACAGGACUACUACUAUCCUCGCUUCGCCUCUAAUAACACUUACGAUGUCUCCAUCAUCGACCAGACACUGGAGAUCAACGCAAUCAACAAUUACACCAGCCAGUGCGCGCCAGCGAUUAAGAGCUGUCGUGCUGCUAACGCCGAUAUUUACGGCGACAAUGUCGAAGCUAACAAGAUCUGCGAAAAUGCACAAUUUACAUGCAACAAUCUCACUGCACUGGCCGUCGGCGCUGGCUACAAUGUUUACGAUAUUCGUCAGAAGAUACCAACUCCCGAUCCAUCUGCUGCAUACCAGGAGUACCUAAAUCAGGCUUCCGUGCUUGAGGCAAUCGGUGCUCGUGUCAACUACACCGAGAGUAGCCCGUACGUGCAAGAAGGCUUCAUCUCUACAGGAGACACUAUCCGUGGAGGCAUGAUCGAGGAUCUCGCGGCCCUGCUGAAGCUUGGCGUUCGCGUGGCACUCAUUUAUGGAGAUGCUGACUACGCAUGUAACUGGUACGGAGGCCAGGCUAUUGCAUACGCCAUCGCCAAUGCUCUGCCGAGCUACCCCUGGCCAACCACCGUCUCGCCGGCUGGUGUUGGCGUUCCGGCACCUUAUGCCAGCGGCUUCGCAUCCGCCGGCUGGGCAGAGAUUGUGGUCAAUGACACAUAUGUCGGCGGUGCAGUCAAACAAUACGGUAACCUCAGCUUCAGCAGAGUCUAUGAUGCUGGCCACUUCGUCCCCUACUACCAACCGGAAACCGCUUUCCAGAUCUUCGCACGCGUCAUCAUGGGCAACGAACUGUCCACUGCAGCGGACGUGGACCUUGCAACCUACACUAGUAACGGGACUGCAAACUCCACGCAUACGAACAAAGUACCCUCAGCACCGGCAUCGACGUGCUGGGUGCGGAAUUGGGCCGACUCUUGCUCGGACGAUGACACUACUGCUAUGCAAGAUGGGAAGGGUGUGGUUGAGUACGGCGUCUACUACCAGGACUCCAAAGAUGUUGAGUUGCCCAGCGCCAGCGUGAAUGCGGGCAGGCCUGGAUCGCCCAUGACGACUACGUCGAGCGGGAGCACAACGGGAAAAUCUCACGCAUCGACGAUACCGCUGACGGGUGUGUACACGGCUACAGGGACGCCAAGUCCAACUGGUGCAGCAGUGAGGCCCUUGCCCGCAUUCGAUGUGGGCAUCAUUCCUGCAGUCGUGGUCGUGGUCGGCAUGAUGGCAGGGGCCUUAGUUAUGAUUUAG